ACCAGCCACUAAGGGACAUGUCUCAGGAUCUAGAAAAAAUUCUCGAGCAUCUGCACAAUGUAGUGGAGUUUUCAGAAGAUGGGGACUGCUCCAUUUCUAGGGAUGACCUGUUGACAGUUUUGCACAAACGCAUUGAUGAGCCUGAUGUUCUGUACUGGGGCAUGCAGUGUAACAGGGCAAUCCGCAUCGUCUUCCCAUCCGUAAUCAUAAAACGCAAGGGAAAGUUCAAGACUACGGUGUAUCAAGGUGUAGAAUUCAAAGACGAAGCCAAAACAGAAAUCCGCCAAUUGCCGCUAUCAUUGUCAAACAGGAGAGGGCGACCAAGGAAGAUAAGCUCAGAAGAUUCAGGCGAGUUGUAUCAAAUGGGAAUGAAUUGGACGGAUGCCAUCCGAACAGGGCACAGCGAGACGUACAAAAUGUACACCAACCUCCACAUUCCAAAACUUCCCUCCAGUGAGCCCCCUCCAGUGACGCGGGGGUGGGGACCUUCCAUAUCUUAUCAUGAAGCAGACGAUUCGCAUAAACUCAAUCAACCCUUAAAUUCUACAAUUAAUAACGAAAAUCUCAAAAUGGCAAAACAAUCUCAGUUGAAAACUGAACUCGAUAGAAAAGAGAGGGAGGACAAUUCUCUGUCUUGUUACGUCACACUUGAUACUCAUGGCAUUCAAGAUUCUCCAAGAGACUCAAAAAGAAACCACGCCUCCCUUAGUGAAAACGAGGCUGACAGUGAAGAGGAUGUCUCCAGCAAAAAGCCGCCAUUGCGUAGUCGCAGCGAUCGAGAGGAUGGUAUUUGCGACGAAAAUACCGACGAAGAUGCAGACGACGAAGAGAGUAUUGGGCCAGGCAUUGAAGACAAAGAUAUUGAAUGAAGGACAUCGCUGGUCUUCACCGUAUAUUUAUAGACUGAGUGGAGGAUGUUCAUAAUAAGUUAUUGUUGUGAUUUAUUUUUUGUUUGUUUGUUCUUAGUCAUGCAGGAGAUUUAUUGACGCAAAAUCAUUAAAAAGUGCUAUUUUUCUGA